GAUCACUCUGUGACCAGAAUACUAUCGGAAAUAUAAACAUAGCCUAAGUUUUGAAUUUGAAAAUCAGUUUUCAAAGAUUUUUAUAAUUAGAUUAUCUGAUCAUAAUCGGAUAUAUUGAUGUAGUUCAGUUGAAACUAGUGGCAAUCUUUGCCACACUGAAAAUGAUAUAAAAUGAUCCUUUCCAGAAGAAUAAAACGUUAUUUAUUUUUAUUACUACUGAUUUGCUUUCUGUAUUUAUCAGGAGUAUUCCACCACUUAUUUGAAAGAGAUUUCUACGACGAUUUCCACUAUCCUUACGAUGGAGACAUAGAACCGUUUGUAGAAAAGCUAAAAAACAAUGUAACCCCAGAAGUAGCACCAAUCAAUAGCUAUCAGUUCAAAUUCAACAAACCCUGUCUUCAAAAAUGUUCCAAAGUACAAAACCUAAGAUUAGUAUAUAUAGUUAAGUCUAGUCCAGACCAUCUUGAUAGAAGAAAUGCUAUUCGAAGUACUUGGGGAUACGAGCAUAGAUUCUCAGAUGUAGAAAUAAGAACUGUGUUUUUAGUGGGGACUGGUUUCUCGAAUCAUCUACAAGAAUCCCUUGACAAAGAGUCUCACAAGUACGAUGAUAUCGUUCAAGGAAACUUCAUCGAUUCAUAUUUCAAUAAUACAUAUAAGACGAUGAUGGGUCUUCAGUGGGCCGUACAGCACUGCCACAAUUCCAAAUUCUAUAUGUUUGUGGAUGAUGAUUACUACAUUUCGACGAAAAAUGUACUGCGAUUCAUACGUUAUCCCACGAACUACCCAAAGUAUUUGAAAGAGCCUAUGAGCCAUAUCCAAAUGUUAUUGAAGAAUAGAAGACCAAAGCAGGUUGACUUCGAGCUUGAAGAUACUGUCCGAUUAUAUGCUGGGUAUGUCUUCAUAUCCUCCCCACACAGACAUUUCACUAGUAAAUGGUAUGUUUCUUUGAGUGAAUAUCCCUACCACAUGUGGCCCCCUUAUGUGACAGCUGGAGCUUAUGUACUUUCGAGAGGUGCCUUGAUCGAUAUGCAUUACAGUAGCUUUUACACCAAACACUUCAGGUUCGAUGACAUUUAUUUGGGAUUAGUAGCAUACAAGGCCAAAAUCGAGCCCUACUACUGUGAUGAGUUUCACUUUUACAAAAAGAGUUAUGAUAAGUUUGGCUUCAAGUAUACCGUAGCUACCCAUGGAUAUGGCGAUCCAAAGGAAUUGAUUCAGAUAUGGACUGAGCAAAAAAGCCUGGGAAAUGCUUAACCACAUCAUACCAUUGAAAUAAUAGUUAUAGUGAAGACUGUGUGAUUUGUAAACUUUGAAUAAUUUGAAGCGUAAUAAUUAUUUUUUUAAUUUGA